CGCUCUUUAGUGCUACGCGCCUUCCCGAGCCAACCACUCGCAAAUCUCUUUGCACAAGAAAUGAUAAUAUCGUUGGCACGUAGAGUGAUAACAGCCCGAAUUUCCGCUCUUAUCUUAUAUAUUUCUCUCUUUUUUCUCUCUCUUUCGCUCUUCAUUAAUUUUCCUCAUUUUCUUCAUCACUUUCUCUCUCUGUCCCUUUUUUCUUCUUUUUUCAAUUUCUCAAUUAUUUCCGUUGCUGUUACAGUGAAUAUCACCGGCUUUCAGGUUUGAAGCGUGCCGCGAGUACGGUUUCGAUCCUGCGCUCUUCGCUUUUUCGAGGCGUUCGAUCAAGCCACGAGAGCACUUCCAUUUUGACAGUACGCCGGCAAGAUCGCGUGGAACACGCGCAACAACUGCGUGCUUAUUUCUGUUGGCUAUACGAAAGACGUGCUCGAUCUAAUGUUAGAACGGGCGUGUGGAAGAUAAUACGUGUCUGUGCGAUAUUUUACACGUGAAGUUCUAUUUCGAGGACAACGCGAGUGCAACGCAUCAUGGCGGUGGAAUCGAGAUGGAUGCCGUGUCAGCUGAAAGUUGAAACGAAUUUGUGUAGCGGCGAUUAUGAUGGCAUUAUUCUGGUGUCAGGAAAUGCUCCUGGAACCGACGAGCCAGAACCCUUCAAAACCGUCCUUUACUCUGCUGCCCAGAUCGAUGCCGCACUGGGCGUGAUCGGCGCGGUUUUGCCCAUCAAUUUGCUCGCAAAAAGGCUCAUUUACAGUCCAACGGGUCCGCUUAACAUGGAUUAUCACGAUGUGCGGAGCUUUGCAGAGGCUGCCACGAAGGGAAUAAAGCGAGCUUUGCAAGCUGGAGUGAAGAGUCCUUUAUUAGUGCUGUUGCCGGAUGACCGUUUUGAGAACGUUGAGCUGGUCACGCUUCUUGGUGCCCUCGAGGCUCUCUACGUGCCUCUGGAGGUGCGAGAGAUAUGUCUGGAUCGGUGUUACAAAGCGUGUCAACUCGGGGUGUGGAGUCCGAUUUGCCCUAAGAAGCUUCAGGGUAUCGUGAAACUCGCCUCGGCACUCGAAAGUGGCAGAUACGUCGCAAGGGACAUUGGAGGCGCAGAUCCUGAAAGAAUGGCACCUCCUCGAGUGGAAGAGUAUCUGGCGGAGCUGUUUUGCGGCUCAAAUGUCACGAUGCAAGUGAUAUCUGAUCAAGACACCCUACUUCAAGAGUACCCAUUGUUCGCCUGUGUAAAUCGCGCUGCCUCGGUGAUACCACGUCACGCCGGUAGAAUUAUAUUUUUGACUUAUGAGCCACCCGCCUGCGUCUUGGAGACGAUCAUGCUCGUAGGAAAGGGUGUCACUUACGAUACCGGUGGUGCCGACAUCAAGUGCCAGGGUAUCAUGGCAGGGAUGUCGAGGGACAAAUGCGGCGCGGCCGCUUGCGCCGGAUUCAUGCAGAUAGUGAAUUUAUUGCAACCACCGACGGUGAAGGUCGUCGCCGCUUUGUGUGUGGUAAGAAAUAGUAUAGGCGAGAACUGUUAUGUCGCCGAUGAAGUGAUAACGGCAAAAUCCGGCGCAAGGGUACGCGUUAACAACACAGACGCCGAAGGAAGGAUGGCUAUGGCCGACGCUCUGUAUCAUCUCAAAGAAAUGGCCUUGUGUUCCGUGAACCCGCAUCUCUUCACAAUAGCCACGUUAACAGGCCACGCAUUGUUAUCUGCAGGCCCAGGAUAUACCAUUGCGAUGGAUAACGCCGUUGCACGAUUGUCUAGUAAUGCGGAAAAGCUUCAAGCUUCCGGCGAAACUAUGGGAGAUCCGUUUGAAAUAUCGCGAAUACGUAGAGAGGAUUUUUGCACACAUGAAGGAUACGCGGAAGGUGACGAUAUUCGUCAAGCGCUGAAUCAACCCAGUUCCAAAGUUCCACGAGGUCAUCAAGGACCAGCGGCCUUCCUAAUUAAGGCGUCUGGAUUAGACAAGCACGGUAUCGGAUCAGAAAAGCCUCUAAAAUACUGCCAUCUGGACGUAGCGGCCAGUGCCGGUUCUCUACCCGAACAACCAACCGGUUCUCCGGUUGUAGCAUUAGCUAAAAAGUUUCUUUUUGACAAAAUCGAUACUGCGGACACCAAAAAUCCGUGAUACAUUAAUACCAAUUGUCUUACAUAUGUAUAAUGUUUUAAAUAAUUAAUAUUUGAAACCUUGCGCGUAAAGAUAUUAACCGGAGCAAAUAAACACGAUUAAUCAUCUCCGUAAAUUCUUGACUCUCACAGAGCUUUUAUAAGCUGUAAAGCAUGAGUUUAAUACAAGCGUAAACGAUUAUACUAGGAUCGUUUACAGUAUUAAAUUUAUCAAUAAAUAUAAACAUUUAAAAUUUUA